UCAAAAGGCAACCCAAACCCGAUCUAGCAAUUGCGAGCUUCAGUUUCCCUUCACCUCUCUCGCUCUGCCUUCUCCCUCUCUCCACCAACACCAACUGCUUACUCCACCGCGAUACCAAUCUGCCACCGCCCGCCGCCUUUCCCCGCCUCACUCUGGCUCUCGCCACCGACAGAAAGAUCCAGAUUCCCUUCACAAUUCGUUUCUGUCCGACCUAGAUCUGAACCACUACCCACCCCGCAUCGCCGCCGGGAAUGGCUUCUCCGGAAGCCGAUUCCGGCCUCAAUCAAGUCCUAAUCCCGGCCCUCGACAAGAUCAUCAAGAACGGCUCCUGGCGCAAGCACUCCAAGCUCGUCCACCAAUGUAAGUCCGUUCUCGAACGGCUCUCAUCCAACAACGCCACCACGCCAUUGAGUCCCACCUCGCCGGAGAACCAGUCGGAGCCUGAUCCCGCUUCCCUUCCCGGCGUCAUCAACGACGGCGGUCCGAUUGAGUUCUCUCUGGCCGAUUCCGAGUUCAUUCUCGGCCCCAUCAUUUCCGCCGCAUCUUCCGGCAACCUCAAGAUCGCCGAUCCGGCGCUCGAUUGCCUCCAGAAGCUAAUCGCCCACGGCUACCUCCGUGGCGAGGCGGACACUGUCGGAGGAGGUCCCGAAUCCAAACUCCUUUCCAAACUCAUAGAAUCAGUGUGUAAGUGCCACGAUUUGGGAGACGAGUCAGUCGAAUUACUGGUCCUCAAGACGCUUUUGUCCGCGGUCACGUCAGUGUCGCUGAGAAUACAUGGAGAUUGCUUACUUCAGAUUGUGAGAACUUGCUAUGAUAUCUAUUUGGGGAGUAAGAAUGUGGUGAAUCAGACUACUGCAAAGGCGUCUCUGAUUCAGAUGCUGGUGAUCGUGUUCCGGAGAAUGGAGGCUGAUUCGUCGACCGUGCCGGUGCAGCCAAUCGUGGUAGCGGAGUUGAUGGAACCUCCGGAGAAGGCUGACGCAGAUGGGACGAUGACGAUGUUCGUGCAGGGGUUUAUAACCAGGAUCAUGCAGGACAUUGAUGGGGUUUUGAAUCCCGGGACGCCCCGGAAACCCGGGCCCGUGGUCGGGGUUCAUGAUGGAGCGUUUGAGACUACUCCAACGGUGGAGUCUACAAAUCCUGCAGAUUUGCUUGAUUCAACGGAUAAAGAUAUGUUGGAUGCCAAGUAUUGGGAGAUCAGUAUGUACAAGACGGCGUUGGAGGGACGAAAAGGGGAAUUGGCGGAUGGAGAGGCAGAAAGGGACGACGAUUUGGAGGUCCAGAUUGGGAAUAAGCUUCGUAGGGAUGCGUUUUUGGUGUUUCGAGCGCUCUGCAAGCUGUCAAUGAAAACCCCACCAAAGGAGGCAUUGGCUGAUCCGCAGCUGAUGCGUGGAAAGAUCGUGGCAUUGGAGUUGCUUAAGAUUUUGUUGGAGAAUGCAGGAGCUAUAUUCAGGACUAGUGAAAGAUUUUUAGGUGCCAUUAAGCAGUACUUGUGUCUGUCAUUGUUGAAGAACAGUGCUUCAACUCUUAUGAUUGUUUUCCAGCUCUCUUGCUCCAUUUUCAUCAGUCUGGUCUCAAGAUUUAGAGCUGGAUUGAAGGCAGAGAUUGGAGUAUUUUUCCCCAUGAUAGUCCUCAGAGUGUUAGAAAAUGUUGCUCAACCUAAUUUCCAGCAGAAGAUGAUAGUGCUUCGGUUUCUUGAGAAGCUUUGUAUUGAUUCACAGAUCUUGGUUGACAUAUUCCUUAAUUAUGAUUGUGAUGUAAAUUCAUCAAACAUAUUUGAGAGAAUGGUCAAUGGACUUCUUAAAACUGCUCAAGGUGUCCCACCUGGUGUUGCCACUACACUGUUGCCACCUCAGGAAGGAACCAUGAAGCUUGAAGCUAUGAGGUGUUUAGUGGCUAUUUUAAAAUCCAUGGGAGACUGGAUGAACAAACAAUUGCGCAUUCCAGAUCCUCAUUCACUAAAGAAAUUUGAUGGAGUUGAGAACAGUCUUGAUCCUGGUAAUCUUCCGCUUGUCAAUGGGAAUGGAGAUGAACCUGUUGAAGGAUCAGAUUCUCAUUCUGAAGCCUCUAGUGAAGUUUCUGAUGCUUCAACAAUAGAGCAGCGCCGUGCAUACAAGCUUGAACUUCAGGCAAGUAUAUCUCUCUUCAAUCGGAAGCCUAAAAAAGGUAUUGAAUUUCUGAUAAAAGCAAAUAAGGUGGGGGACUCACCAGAGGAGAUAGCAGAUUUCCUUAAAAAUGCUUCUGGUUUGAACAAGACUUUGAUUGGUGAUUAUUUGGGGGAAAGGGAAGAUUUAUCACUGAAAGUAAUGCAUGCAUACGUAGAUUCAUUUGAUUUUCAAGGUAUGGAGUUUGACGAGGCAAUUAGAGCCUUUCUGAAGGGCUUUAGGUUGCCUGGUGAGGCACAGAAGAUUGACCGUAUAAUGGAAAAGUUUGCUGAGCGUUACUGCAAAUGUAAUUCUAAGGCUUUCACCAGUGCGGACACUGCUUAUGUCCUUGCUUACUCAGUCAUACUGCUCAAUACUGAUGCCCAUAAUCCAAUGGUUAAGAACAAGAUGUCAGCUGAUGAUUUUAUAAGGAACAAUCGUGGCAUAGACGACGGAAAAGAUUUACCUGAGGAGUACUUGAGAUCGUUAUUUGAGCGAAUAUCUAGAAAUGAGAUUAAAAUGAAGGAAGAUGAUCUUGCUCUUCAACAAAAACAAUCUACAAAUUCAAACAGAAUUUUGGGAUUAGAUAACAUAUUGAAUAUUGUGAUCCGUAAACGGUGGGAAGGUACGCGCAUGGAGACCAAUGAUGAUCUCAUGAGGCACAUGCAAGAACAAUUUAAAGAAAAAGCUCGCAAAUCUGAGUCGGUGUAUUAUGCAGCAACAGAUGUUGUGAUCCUCAGAUUUAUGAUUGAGGUGUGCUGGGCUCCUAUGUUGGCUGCCUUCAGUGUUCCUCUUGAUCAAAGUGACGAUGAAGUGGUAAUAUCUCAAUGUUUGGAGGGUUUCCGUUGUGCAAUCCAUGUUACUGCAGUGAUGUCCAUGAAGACGCAUAGAGAUGCUUUUGUGACUUCACUUGCAAAGUUUACUUCUCUACACUCACCUGCAGAUAUCAAACAGAAAAAUAUAGAUGCUAUCAAGGCAAUUGUUACAAUUGCAGAUGAAGAUGGGAAUUAUUUACAGGAAGCCUGGGAGCAUAUUUUGACUUGUGUUUCUCGAUUUGAGCAUUUGCAUCUAUUGGGGGAGGGUGCUCCUCCCGAUGCUACUUUCUUUGCUAUUCCUCAGAAUGAUUUUGACAAAUCCAAACAAACCAAGUCAAAUAUCCUUCCGGUACUAAAGAAGAAAGGACCUGGGAGGAUUCAGUAUGCAGCAACAGCUGUGAGAAGGGGUUCAUAUGAUAGUGCUGGUAUUGGUGGCAAUGCUUCUGGAGGAAUUACUUCUGACCAGAUGAACAAUUUAGUAUCCAACUUAAAUAUGUUGGAACAAGUGGGUGAGAUGAAUCGCAUAUUUACACGGAGUCAAAAGUUAAACAGUGAGGCUAUAGUUGACUUUGUCAAGGCUCUUUGCAAGGUAUCUAUGGAAGAAUUGCGAUCUAUGUCUGAUCCACGUGUUUUCAGCCUUACAAAGAUAGUUGAGAUCGCGCACUAUAACAUGAACCGUAUCCGACUUGUGUGGUCAAGCAUCUGGAAUGUGCUCUCUGACUUCUUUGUUACAAUUGGCUGUUCUGAAAAUCUUUCAAUUGCAAUUUUUGCGAUGGAUUCUUUACGCCAAUUAUCAAUGAAAUUUUUGGAGCGGGAAGAGCUGGCUAAUUACAAUUUUCAGAAUGAGUUUAUGAAGCCUUUUGUGAUUGUUAUGCGGAAAAGUAGUGCUGUGGAAAUUAGAGAAUUAAUCAUCAGAUGUGUCUCUCAAAUGGUUUUGUCUCGUGUCAAUAAUGUUAAAUCAGGAUGGAAGAGCAUGUUUAUGGUCUUCACCACGGCAGCAUAUGAUGAUCACAAAAACAUUGUUCUCUUGGCCUUCGAGAUAAUUGAGAAGAUUGUGCGGGAUUAUUUCCCAUAUAUUACUGAGACUGAAACUACCACUUUUACGGAUUGUGUAAAUUGCCUGAUUGCAUUCACUAAUAGUAGGUUCAACAAAGAUAUUAGUCUCAACGCUAUUGCGUUUCUUCGUCUCUGUGCGGCAAAACUUGCUGAAGGAGAUCUAGGUGCCACAUCAAGGAACAAGGAGAAGGAAGCUUCUGGAAAGAUCUCUCCUUCUUCACCUCAAAAAGGAAAAGAUAGAAAACAUGAUGCUGGAGACUUGGCAGUUAAGGAAGAUCAUCUCUACUUUUGGUUCCCUUUGUUAGCUGGAUUGUCAGAGCUUAGCUUUGACCCAAGGCCUGAAAUCAGGAAGAGCGCCCUUCAAAUACUUUUUGACACCUUGAGAAACCAUGGUCAUCUUUUCUCUUUACCUCUGUGGGAAAGAGUGUUUGAGUCAGUCCUGUUUCCAAUAUUUGACUAUGUUCGUCAUGCUAUUGAUCCAUCUGGUGGAGAUUCAUCCAGCCAGGGGAUUGACAGUGAUAUGGGUGAGCUUGAUCAAGAUGCAUGGCUCUACGAGACAUGCACUUUAGCUCUCCAACUAGUUGUAGAUCUUUUUGUUAAGUUUUAUAACACUGUCAAUCCGCUAUUAAGGAAAGUGUUGAUGCUGCUAGUUAGUUUUAUCAAACGUCCUCACCAAAGCCUUGCUGGUAUUGGGAUUGCCGCAUUUGUUCGUUUGAUGAGCAAUGCAGGGGAUCUCUUUUCUGAUAACAAGUGGUUAGAAGUGGUUCUCUCUCUCAAAGAAGCAGCCAAUGCUACACUUCCUGAUUUCUUCUUCAUUGUUAAUGGGGAUGCUAAAAUUUGGAACAAUGAAGCUGCGUUAUCUUGGCAGAGUAAUGAUGAUACUGCUGGGUCUGGUAUAGCUGAAGAUGAUUCAGACAACUCAAGGAGGGAUGGUUUUUUUGCUGCUAUUUCUGAUGCUAAAUGCCGAGCUGCUGUCCAACUCUUACUCAUUCAGGCGGUGAUGGAGAUAUACAACAUGUAUAGAACUCAGCUUUCAGCCAAACACACUAUAGUCCUCUUUGAUGCUGUACGUGCUGUCGCCCUUCAUGCUCACAAGAUAAACAGCGAUGUGGCCUUACGGUCAAAGCUACAGGAGUAUGGAUCUGUGACUCAAAUGCAAGACCCUCCAUUGUUAAGGCUUGAGAAUGAGUCUUAUCAGAUUUGCCUCACGUUUUUACAAAAUCUCAUACUGGAUAGGCCAGCAAAUUUUGAUGAGGCAGAAGUGGAGGCUUACCUCGUUGACCUUUGCCAAGAGGUCCUAGGGUUCUAUAUCGAAAUUGCACGCUCUGGACAGAUGGCCUCCGAGUCCUCUCUUGGUAGCAGGCUACACUGGUUAAUUCCUCUGGGUUCAGGAAAACGGAGAGAAUUGGCUACGCGCGCACCUCUUAUUGUUGCGACUUUGCAAGCAGUAUGCAGUUUAGGAGAUUCUUCGUUCGAGAAGAACUUAGCUCGCUUCUUUCCCCUGUUCUCGAGCUUGAUAAGGUGUGAGCACGGAUCGAACGAGAUUCAGGUAGCCCUGAGCGAAAUGCUGAGUGCAUCGGUUGGUCCCAUUUUGCUUCGAUCGUGCUGAUCCUCGUGGGCUGAGAUAUGGUGGAGCAGCAGCAGCCGCCUUAGCCUUUGCCUUAGCCUCCCUUGAUCAGGAAUUUUGAUGUUGCAUGUAUUUGUUUGUCUAUUCCUCCCUUGCUGCUGCUACUUGAAGAACAAUAUUUUCAUAUUAAAAAAGAAGAAGAAGAAGAUGAAGAGUUACUCAGCACAGGACGUCUAGUUUUCUCAUAUUUCGAUAAAUUGGUGGGGGGGGGGGGGGGGGGUUGGUUGUUUGGUUAUGUUAUGUAUGGGGUUUGCCUUUUAGAAACAGAAGAUGUUGGCAACAACGUGGUACGAAGCUGUCGCUGUCUGAGUAUGUCCUACGCUGGCACCCACCAAAGAAGGCGUCGCUACCAUUGCAUUGCAGCCAGUUAAUGGGAGCUGAUAAAAAAUAGAAGUUUUUGGAAUGAUUUAUGUGUUGAUUUAAUAAAUACUUUUCAACGUAAAUGUAAUAUAGUUGGGAAUUAGCAUCACCUGAUACCAAAAUCAAAGCUAGAGAUGGAAAAUUUUAAUGUA